UAAGCGGAAGUACAGUAGCGGCUUCACCACGAAGAUAAAUAUUUCCCUUUUUUAUAAACCAACGAUGCAUUCAGUUCAGCGUUUCAGACAGUUUUUUAACCAGCGACUUGCAGCCGCUGCAGAGGAAAUAUUCUCAGUGUUUGAGAAAACUGUCGCCGAGUACGAGGCAGAGAUGAAACGCCAGAGAAAAUUACUGGAUGUCUUUUUGAAUCCUGAAGUCAGGAUACACAGGAUAGAGCUCCCACGACAAAAUGUGUGCGAUGAGCAGGUUCCUGCUGACACACAACUCUUUAACCAGGGGUUGAACUUCAGUCUGGACCGAGAGGAUUCACAAACUCUGCAGAUUAAAGAGGAAGUAGAGGAGGGUGAAUUCUCACCCAGUCAGAACACAGAGGAGCUCGUACUGAAGGAGAAUCGUGAUAUAGUCGUGGUGUCCGUUUCCUGUGGGGUGAUAGAUCACAGCACUGAAGAUCAAACUUUGUCCUUGAAUAAUGAUGAUGAUGAGUAUGUGGACAGCAUGCCGGUUAAAAUAUCUGACGCACCAGAACAUGACACUGAAAGACAAACUGAUCCUGUAUCAAGUGGAAAUGCAGAGACAAAACUACAGAGCGCACGUCGCUCCAACAAAAGGAAAAAAUCUACAAGUUCAACAGUUCCUCGAAGCGCUCGGGUUAAAAAGUCUUUCACGUGUGACGCUUGUGGGAAAGUGUGUGUGUGCCUGUCCAAACUAAUCCUGCACCAGAGAAGCCACACGGGAGAGAAACCGUAUCGUUGCGACAGCUGUGGUAAAAGUUUCAUUCAGGCGUCAGAUCUGACGGUUCAUCGGAGAAUCCACACGGACGAGAGGCCGUAUUCUUGUGACAUCUGCGGGUUCAGAUUCAGAGACACGUCGACUCUUAAAAAACACGUUGGCAGACACGCAAAGGUCCCACAAAAACCUGUGCAUGAGGUUCCUGCUGACUCACAACUCUUAAACCAGGAGUCCAACUUGAGUCUGGACCGAGAGGAUUCACAACCUCUUCAGAUGAGAGAGGAAGAAGAAGAGCAUGAACCCAGUCAGGACAAGAUGGAGCUUGUACUGAAGGACAGUCGGGAUCUAGAUGUGUCGUCUGUUUCCUGUGGAGUAGAUCAGCACAGUGAAGAUCAGAGUUUGUCCUUGAAUAAUGAUGACGCUGAGUGUAUGGACAGCAGGACAGUUAAAAUCUCUGAGGCAGCAGAACAGGACACUGAGCAGCAGCUCCUCCCUCACAGCUCUCAUUCGACUGAAAGUCAAAAAGAUCCGGUAUUAAGUGCAAAUGCAGAGACAAAACAAAAUAAACAAUCUACAAUGUCAACAAUUCCCUGCAAUACUGUUGACAAAAAGUUCUUCAAGUGUGACACUUGUGGGAAAGUGUGCAUAUAUCUGUCCAAACUGAAAAGACACCAGAGAAGCCACACAGGAGAGAGACCAUAUCCUUGUGACAUCUGUGGUAAAAGUUUCUUUCAGGCGUCUGGUCUGACGAUUCAUCGAAGGAUCCACGCUGGGGUUAAGCCCUAUGCUUGUGACAUCUGUGGUAAAACAUUCAGGCAGAUGUCAGUGCUGAAUGUCCAUAAAAGAAUCCACACGGAUAAGAACCUGUAUUCUUGUGACGUCUGCGGGUUCAAAUUCAAAGACGCGACGUGUCUCAAGACGCAUGUUGGCAGUCACGCAGAGCUCCCACAAAAACCUGUGUGUGAGGAGCAGGUUCCUGCUGACUCACGACUGACUAACAGGGAGUCCAACUCGAGUCUGAACCGAGAGGAUUCACAACCUCUGCAGAUGAGAGAGGAAGAAGAGGAGAACGAACUCAGCUCUCAUUCGACUGAAAGUCAAAAUGAUUCUGUAUUAAGUGCAAAUGCAGGGAGUGGCCAUCGCUCCGACAAAAAGAAAGAAUCUACAGUGUCAUCAAUUCCCUGCAAUACUUGGGUCAGAAAGUCUUUCAAGUGUGACACUUGUGGGAAAGUGUGUGUGUGCCUGUCCAAACUAAUCAGACACCAGAGAAGCCACACGGGAGAGAAACCGUAUCCUUGUGAUAUAUGUGAUAAAAGUUUCAUUCAGGCGUCAGCUCUGACAAUUCAUCAGAGAAUCCACACUGGAGUUAAGCCCUAUACUUGUGACAUCUGUAGUAAAACAUUCAGCGAGAUAACGAUGCUGAAUCUUCAUAAAAGAAUCCACACGGGAGUGAGACCAUAUCUGUGUGACAUCUGCGGCAAAGCCUACACUCAGGCGUCAAUACUGAAAGGUCACAGAAGAAUUCACGUGGAUGAGAAACCGUAUUCUUGUGACAUCUGUGGGAUCAAAUUUAAAGAAAUGUCAUCUCUUAAAAAACAUCUUGGCAGACACACAUCUAAGAGUCUAUCCUCUGCUACACCUGUGUAAAAGGUUUCUUAUGAAGUCCGACUUUUUAAACCACACUAUAAAUCCAUUCAUGUGAAAAGAAAAAUCUUGUUUGUUUUUGUUUGCAGUGAGUGCAAGUUUCUUACUGAGCUCUGUAUUUUUACAGUGUUAUCCCCAUAUGCUACCUUUAUUCUCUAUACACUUUCCAAUCUGUUACAUGUGUGGAUUGUGAACUCUGAUGUGAAAGCUGAAUUCUAGUUGUGUUGUUCUAACAUCUUGCUAACUAGAAUCUUUUUAUCUGCAGCUAUAAAGUUGAUGUGCUUUGCAUAUCUCA